UGUUCCGCUCCUCAGCACGAACAAGUUCUACACGCGGCUGUACGCGCUCAUUCAAUCGUAGACGGUUCUGGAUUUGGAGUUAUUUCACAUAUUGUCGUAAUUGGCUUGUUCACGUUGUCACUUUAUUUCAUUUAUUUUUUUGCGCAAGUGGUCUUUCCGAAGGGGGUCGACUUCAAAUCCGUUUAUUUAUCCGUUGUCCCGCGCGCGCUAUAGUAAAGACUCCAUCUGUGCGCCAGGCUAAUUAGCUUACUGGCUAGCAGUCACUUGUUCUUCGCAAGUCUGACAACGGCAACGUGUGGAUGUACCUGAGCUCAUCUGCAGUUCAAGUUGCACAAUGGCAGUUUUAAUCUGUGUGAUAUCUCAGCACAAAAGGAACAAGAACAGAUCUAGUUUAAUUACAGGAUAGCAAUACGCCGACACUACACCUCUGUUUACCUUUUAAUUGUGUUCUGGUCAGCGCCAGUUAAACACAUUACAAAUGUGCACUGCUAAAUCUCAGUAACCCUGUUUAAAACAGGCAAGCCUAAAUAAGAUAUUUAUUUACCAUUUACCUCUUUAAAAAAAAAACUUGCUACUGUUUAUAAGUAGCAUUCUAUAAAUAGCUUUGACAGGCAUUACUUCCCUUUAAAGAUUGUGAAGCAAUUUCUAUAUAAUAUAAAAUCAUGGUUUCGACAACUGCCACUGCAAUGAUACUGGCCAGCACAGUUGGGCUAGCGACCCAGUCUACUUAUCUAACAGAAUACACAUGGCUGCUGGUUGUUGGCUUCAUCAUUGCCUUCGUCUUAGCCUUUUCUGUGGGUGCCAAUGAUGUUGCCAACUCAUUUGGCACAGCUGUAGGCUCAGGAGUAGUCACCUUGCGACAGGCAUGCAUUCUGGCCACUGUGUUUGAGACUGUAGGGUCUGUGCUCCUUGGGGCCAAAGUGAGUGAAACAAUCCGCAAUGGUAUCAUCGACGUGAACAUGUACAACGGCACCGAGCACGUGUUGAUGGCUGGAUCCAUCAGCGCCAUGUUUGGUUCUGCUGUGUGGCAGCUGGCUGCAUCCUUCCUUAAGCUCCCCAUCUCUGGAACACACUGCAUUGUUGGUGCUACUAUCGGCUACUCGCUUGUUGCCAGAGGCCAGCAGGGAGUCAAAUGGCUUGAACUUCUACGUAUCGUUGCUUCCUGGUUCCUGAGUCCUCUUUUGUCCGGAAUAAUGUCAGCCAUUGUUUUCUACUUUGUGCGAAUGUUCAUCCUACACAAGAAAGACCCUGUGCCUAACGGAUUGAGGGCCCUGCCUGUGUUUUACGCCAUUACUAUGGGAAUCAACAUUUUCUCCAUCAUGUACACUGGAGCUCCGAUGUUGGGAUUUGACAAGAUCCCUUGGUGGGGCACCCUGCUCAUCUCCUUGGGCUUCGCUUUGCUGACUGCCCUUGUGGUCUGGUUUAUUGUCUGCCCUCGCCUCAAGAAGAAGAUUGAACGAGAUAUCAAGUCUUCCAGCCCCUCUGAGAGCCCCCUGAUGGAGAAGAGGGAGCCGAAGGAGGCUACAUGUCCCAUCCUGAAACAGACUGCCACGGACGCGACUCCACCUGUCGAUCAGAGUGCAUCUGCUCAGCCCCAGGCCGCCUCUGAGGAGCGCAGGGUGGCGUUUGACAUUGGAGACUCUGAUGACAAUGACAAUAAUAAGGAACGCAGGGUGGCAUUUGACAUUGGAGACUCUGAUGACAAUGACAAUGAUGACAAACCGGUUCAGUGUAACGGUCAGGUCAACAACCAGCAAACCCAGCACAUCAAUGGCUCUGCGAAUUCAGCCAAUCGGGUUCAGUUCAACAACAGGCCAGCACAGAUCCCUAGUAAUGGGUACAGCCAGUACCACACGGUGCACAAGGACUCGGGCCUCUACAAGGACUUGCUGCACAAGCUCCACCUGGCCAAGGUCGGUGACUGCAUGGGCGAGGGGGGUGACCGACCCAUCCGCCGUAACAACAGCUACACCUCCUACACCAUGGCCAUCAUCGGCAUGCACGGAGACUUCAAGCACCGAGAGGGCGAAUACCGUGCCUACGAGGAUGGCGACAAGGUCACAGGAUCCGGAGGUCAGGAGAAGAAGCGCGUGCGAAUGGACAGUUACACCAGCUACUGCAACGCUGUGGCAGAGCACACCACUCCUGAAGCUCUGGGAGAGGGUGACUUGACACUGGAAAUGGCGACGGAGGACGCAGGUAGCAGCCAAAGCUCUCUGGAAGACGAUGGGCUCGAGGCGGACAAGCCAGAAGUCUCCACUCUGUUCCAGUUCCUCCAGAUUCUCACCGCCUGCUUCGGAUCCUUUGCUCAUGGAGGAAACGACGUCAGUAAUGCCAUUGGACCGCUGGUAGCGCUGUGGCUGGUAUACACGAGCAGCAGUGUGUAUUCAAAACAACCCACACCCAUCUGGCUGCUGCUGUACGGAGGCGUGGGCAUCUGCGCCGGACUCUGGGUGUGGGGCCGCAGAGUGAUCCAGACCAUGGGCAAGGACCUUACACCCAUCACCCCCUCAAGUGGUUUCAGCAUCGAACUGGCCUCAGCCCUGACUGUGGUGGUAGCUUCCAACAUUGGCCUGCCUGUUUCCACCACCCACUGCAAGGUGGGCUCUGUGGUUGCAGUAGGAUGGCUGCGCUCGAGGAAGGCAGUAGACUGGCGACUGUUCAGGAACAUCUUCAUGGCGUGGUUUGUGACUGUGCCCAUCUCUGGUCUGAUCAGCGCCGCCAUCAUGGCCAUCUUCAUCUACGGCAUCCUCUGAGGAUUCAGCUGCACCCCAAGCAGGGGAGGAGAAAGAAACCGCUCCAGCGCGCACCGAGAGGAGUCAAGUUGGAAGGCCAAAAUAUAUCGCUUACCUCAAGCCAACAACUUUGGAUGAAAGAAGGAAAACAAAUGUUUGAAAUGACUUGUGAUAUGGGCCUAUGGUUCGUGGCUGCAUCAUUUUCAAACUAGAGUUUGCUUAGUUCCAUUUGGGCCACUUUACUUCCAGCGGGAAGAUUACAAUUAUUUGGUCUGACUUGCUUUUGCAUAUCUCAUCAAUCUCUAACGAGUUAAUCUAAAAGCUUCAACUUUUUUUGUGUUUCUAAUACUCAUUCUUCCAUUUAUUUUUUUCUACUUUGCAAUUAUGUAUAUACAACUAUUCUAUUUUUAAUUUUAUCUUACACGUUUAGAAAGAAAUGAACAAUUGAAAUGCAGUAAAAGCCUUUUGCUGAUGUAGCUCUCCAUUCAUAACACAAGCUGAAAGUGACGUAGACGCAGAAGUGUUUUACGUGAAUACAUAUUCAUUUGUGUGUAUGUGUGCGUUUCCCCAUUUCAAGUAAUUGUUACUAUUAAUGAAUUGAUGUUUUGCACCUGGCUUUCUUGUAUCCCCUAAACUGUGGGACCUUAGCUUCUCUCCCUCUCAUGUUAUUGAACAAAAUUGACUUUAAACUGUAAAGUUUACUCGGAGAGGCUAGUGACAGUGUUUUCCAUAUUUAGAAAUGUGAUGACAUUCACACCUGCAGUGUUUAAUGGCACUUAUCUGAAUAAUCAACACACUGGAUGACCACCUGCAGGAUAUGCCGCUGGCACGGAACGACACAGCCCUAAUCAUUAGUCAUAAUGGGUUAUUAUCAAUCCAGUUUAUCUGAACCUAUUGAGGCUCGAUAUUCAUCAGCGCACAACAGCCUGAAUAACGUUUACUUGACUUUGAGAAGUAAAACAGCUGAGUGGUAACAAAAUAUACUCUCAAAGACCUUAAGUCUCCUGUUGAAACUUGAUUGCAUCAUCUUUAGGCGUCCUACAGCGUAGUUUAUUUUCAGUUCACAUUGUAACUGCCUCUUCCCAGUAUGUUGGUUCCUCUGUGGAAUUUGCACCUGCCUAGUUAUUUGGGUUAUUCUAGCUUUUUAUCCUGGCCUUUGAAUGUGAAUAAGGUUGUAAAAGAGGAACCCUGAAACUGGAUGUGAUCUGACUGAGUGGUUUGAUGUUGAGCUGAUCUGGUCUCUUGUAUGAGGUCAGACAUGCGUUGCAUGCCAUCAGUAUGUGGUCAUUUGGCUGCAGUACUAAAUGCAUAUCAGAUCAAUAGAUGCUGUAGUUGCCUUAAUUGUGUUGAUUUUCCCUUUAGGUACCAAAGAAAAGUUUAGUUUUUUUAAUGCACAUGAACAUACACUAGUCUACACUUGUGGAUGACAAAAAAACAAAUAAAAAUGGGAAAAUAA